AUGACAAUUAGCGGCGCCCGUAUAUCACUAGCAUAUGCCAAAGAACGGGCUGAAUCGACUGUCACCGACGAUUGGCACUGCAGUGUGUGCUUAUUGUCAAACUUUCCUCGACGCACCGCCUGUUAUCGAUGUGGGACAUCAAGGGCCGACUCGGAGGCAACCGGUCCUCUUCUAACAUCCGCGCUUAAUCACUUCUCCAACGACGGGUCUAAAGAUGCAGGCGAAAUACCAUCUCAAUUCUUAUUGAUCAGAGAUCUAGAACCGAAUGUAACUGAGGAGCUAUUGCUAAAAGGCGCUCAAAAGCUAUCGGCAGACGAAUUCGCAAUUAAAAGAAUACUUCUUGUUCGAGACAGAAGAACGAAUGAAUCGUGGAGAUUCGGUUUUGCUGAAUUCUCGAACGUCGAUGAGGCAAAAAGGGCAUUCGAAAGGUAUACGGCAAUGGAUGGCGGGUUUACCAUCAAAAGUCGGCCGGUCACUGUUAGUUAUAUUCACCCUGGAGUUUUCGUCCCUAUGAUCCAGCCAAAACCUAGCAGUGAGAAGUGGACUUUCGAGCCUUUGGGAGGUAUGGGGGGUGGCGUUAAAUUGGCCUACUGGGAUGAAGAAGGGUAUUGUAAAGUCCAUUUUGCCGAAUAUGCUAUGCAAGACCCUACGAACGAACCUCAAAACAGGGCCAAGGAGGAUUCAAAGCCGAGGAAGAAGACCGACAAAACCGCGUCGGACGCCGGAAUGGCUGAGAAGACGAAAAAACGUAAAGCUGAGAACAUAACUGGAAAGGAGCCAACAAAUGCAUCGAAAAAGCUUCCAAGCCACCUUCAAUUCUGGCAGGAGAGACAUACGGAAUUACAUGGCACAAAUUUAACUGAUCACAGCACUCCCGCUGCGGCGACAGUGGAUGAGGAUGAGGAAGAUACAUACCCAGCGAAAUCAUACGCAGAUCCAGUCAAAUUAUGUUGUUACCUCUGCAGCCGACAGUUCAAAACGGAAAUGGAUGUCAACAAGCAUGAGCGUGUUAGUGAACUGCAUUUCAAAAACCUUAAAGACGAGAAAUUGGUUAAGAUAGCCGAGGCAAAACUCAGGAAAAACGGCAUAGUGCGGGACAGGGAAACAGUAGACGACGAUGGUCUAGCCUACCGAGAUAGAGCAAAGGAGCGAAGAAUCAUACAUUCGCAACCAGCAAAUCCGGGCGCCGCGAAAGGCCAACAAAAGUCAAAAGAGGUGGCGGCUGCCCGUGAGUCUCCAGAGAAAGAGACAAAGGUACCUAUUAGUCGCGGCGCUAGUCUACUUUCCAAGAUGGGUUGGACCGAGGGACGCGGCCUUGGUGCUCAAGAAACUGGUAUUACAGCACCGAUUGUUGCUGGUAUGUAUGUAGAAGGCGUAGGUUUGGGAGCUAGCGGUGGGAAGGUUGGUGAUGUUGAUGGGACGCCGGAAGCUGGUAACUAUCAGGGGUUCGUGGAGCGGACAAAAGAGAAAGCGCGAGGAAGAUAUGAAGAGUUAGAUGCUAAGGGACGCUGA